GAAGCUCCUGUAGUGGCGAGAGCAGCCCUGUUCCUUGAGUGCGCACGCUUCGUUCACCGCUGUAAUCGUGGCAACUGGCCUGAGUGGAUGAAGGGCCACCAUGUGAACAUUACUAAGAAAGGCCUGUCCCGUGGGCGUUCUCCUAUCGUGGGCAACAAAAGGAACCAGAAGCUGCAGUGGAAUGCAGCUAAGCUCUUCUAUCAGUGGGGAGAUGCAAUCGGUGUCCGUCUCAAUGAGCUGUGCCACGCUGAGAGCGAGAGCCCUGCCAACCUGCUGGGCCUCAUUUAUGAUGAGGAGACCAAGAGGCGCCUGAGAAAGGAGGAUGAGGAAGAAGACUUUUUAGAUGACAGCACUGUGAAUCCUACCAAAUGUUGUUGCCCUUUUGCACUGAAAAUGGCAGCCUGUCAGCUUCUCCUGGAGAUAACCACUUUCCUUCGAGAUAGGCCACGUACUGAGCCUCUUGUGGAUCUGGAGAGCUGCAGGCUGCGUCUGGACCCUGAGAUGGACCGACACAGGUAUGAAAGAAAGAUCAGCUUUGCUGGGGUUUUGGAUGAAAAUGAAGAUUCAAAGGAUUCCCUGCACAGCAGCAGCCACACCCUCAAAUCUGAGGCUGGCUUCGAGGAGAAAAAAGUUCCCAGCAGGAAGAUCAGGAUAGGAGGCUCCCGCUUGCUCCAGAUUAAAGGAACCCGCAGUUUCCGGGUGAAGAAGGGGGGUUCCCUUUCCAGCAUUCGCCGGGCCGGCAGCCUAAAGAGCACCAAGUUAUCACGGCAGGACUCAGAGUCUGAGAAUGAGGAGCUGCAGCUGUCCCACAGCAGGGACACUGUCACUGAUAUAGAAGGGAGCCCUUGGAGCGCAAGUGAACCUAGCAUUGAGCCCGAGGUGCUGAGCAACACAGGCAUGGAGGAGAACUAUCAUCGGAACAUGUCAUGGCUGCAUGUUAUGAUUCUAUUAUGCAACCAGCAGAGUUUCAUAUGUACCCACAUUGACUAUUGUCACCCACACUGCUACCUCCAUCACAGCCGGUCCUGUGCUCGCCUUGUCCGGGCCAUCAAACUCCUGUAUGGAGACACUGUGGACUCUCUGCGAGAAAACAGCACAUUGAACAGUGUGUCAAGAGGCAAAAAGCAAAAGGAAUGCUCAGACAAGUCAUGCUUGAGAACUCCUUCUCUAAAAAAGAGAGUGAUUGAUAUCAAUUUGGAAGGGAAGAAGGACUCUGGAAUGCUGAAAUACAUCAGGCACCAGGUAAUGAGCCUCUCCCCUGCACCUUUGUCACUGCUAAUCAAGGCAGCUCCCAUCCUCACAGAAGAGAUGUACGGGGACAUCCAGCCAGCAGCCUGGGAGCUCCUGCUCAGCGUGGAUGAACACAUGGCUGGAGCCGCAGCUGCCAUGUUCCUGCUGUGUGCUGUGAAAGUGCCAGAGGCCGUUUCUGACAUGCUGAUGUCCGAAUUUCAUCACCCGGAGACAGUGCAAAGACUGAAUGCCAUUCUCAAAUUUCACACGCUCUGGAGGUUUAGGUAUCAAGUCUGGCCAAGGAUGGAAGAGGGAGCACAGCAGAUCUUUAAGAUCCCUCCUCCAAGUAUAAACUUCACCCUGCCUUCUCCUGUCCUGGGGAUGCCAUCCGUGCCCAUGUUUGACCCCCCCUGGGUCCCCCAGUGCAGUGGGAGUGUGCAAGAUCCUAUAAAUGAAGACCAGUCGAAGUCAUUUUCAGCCAGAGCCGUGUCACGUUCCCAUCAGCGAGCAGAGCACAUCCUGAAGAACCUGCAGCAGGAAGAAGAGAAGAAGCGCCUGGGCCGGGAAGCCAGCCUCAUCACUGCCAUCCCCAUCACUCAGGAGGCCUGCUACGAGCCAACCUGCACACCAAGCUCAGAGCAGGAGGAAGAAGAAGAAGUUGCCAACCUGGCCUCCCGCCGACUCUCUGUGAGUCCUUCCUGCACCUCCAGUACAUCUCACAGGAACUAUUCUUUCCGCCGUGGCUCUGUCUGGUCAGUGCGGUCAGCAGUCAGUGCAGAAGAUGAAGAACACACUACAGAGCAUACUCCAAACCAUCAUGUGCCACAGCCACCUCAAGCUGUGUUUCCCGCAUGCAUCUGUGCAGCAGUGCUCCCCAUUGUCCACCUGAUGGAAGAUGGAGAAGUCCGGGAGGAUGGAGUAGCUGUAAGCGCUGUUGCUCAGCAAGUCCUGUGGAACUGCUUAAUCGAAGACCCCUCUACAGUUUUGCGCCAUUUCCUCGAGAAGCUCACAGUCAGCAACCGACAGGAUGAGCUGAUGUAUAUGUUAAGGAAGCUUUUGUUGAACAUUGGAGACUUUCCUGCCCAGACAUCUCAUAUCCUCUUUAACUACUUGGUAGGACUGAUCAUGUAUUUCGUACGCACUCCAUGUGAAUGGGGCAUGGAUGCCAUUUCUGCCACACUCACCUUCCUUUGGGAAGUGGUGGGUUAUGUGGAAGGACUGUUCUUCAAGGAUCUCAAACAGACUAUGAAGAAGGAACAAUGUGAAGUGAAGCUGCUGGUGACUGCCUCAAUGCCAGGCACAAAGACCCUUGUCGUGCACGGACAGAAUGAAUGUGAUAUCCCAACGCAGUUACCAGUCCAUGAGGACACACAGUUUGAGGCUCUUCUGAAGGAGUGUUUGGAGUUUUUUAACAUACCUGAAACACAGUCUUCUCAUUACUUUUUGAUGGAUAAGAGAUGGAAUCUUAUUCAUUACAACAAGACCUACGUCCGUGACAUUUAUCCUUUCCGGAGGUCAGUUUCUCCCCAGCUCAACCUGGUGCAGAUGCAUCCAGAAAAGGGUCAAGAGCUCAUUCAGAAGCAGGUGUUCACCCGCAAGCUAGAAGAGGUGGGGCGGGUGUUGUUCCUCAUAUCGCUGACACAGAAAAUCCCUACUGCCCACAAGCAGUCUCAUGUAUCUAUGCUCCAGGAAGAUCUCCUCCGCUUGCCUUCAUUUCCCCGAAGUGCCAUUGAUGCUGAGUUCUCACUCUUCAGUGAUCCCCAAGCUGGGAAAGAGCUCUUUGGUCUGGACACUCUUCAGAAAAGCUUGUGGAUUAAGCUGCUGGAGGAGAUGUUCCUUGGCAUGCCCAGCGAGUUCCCCUGGGGGGAUGAGAUCAUGCUGUUCUUGAACGUCUUCAACGGUGCCCUGAUCCUGCACCCUGAGGACAGUGCCUUGUUGAGGCAGUACGCUGCCACCGUCAUCAACACAGCUGUGCACUUUAACCACCUCUUCUCCCUCAGCGGGUACCAGUGGGUCCUCCCCAGCAUGUUGCAGGUAUACGCUGACUAUGAAAGCAAUCCACAGUUACGCCAAGCAAUUGAGUUUGCAUGCCGCCAGUUCUACGUUCUGCAUCGCAAGCCCUUUAUUCUGCAGCUGUUUGCAAGUGUGGCCCCUCUCCUGGAGUUCCCUGAUGCUACAAACAAUGGAACCGGGAAAGGAGUGUCAGCUCAGUGCCUGUUUGACCUGCUGCAGUCUUUAGAGGGAGAUACUCCAGACAUUUUGGACAUCUUGGAGCUGGUAAAAGCAGAAAAGCCUCUCAAGUCAUUAGACUUCUGCUAUGGGAAUGAAGACUUGACCUUCUCGAUCAGCGAAGCCAUCAAGCUGUGUGUGACAGUGGUGGCCUAUGCUCCUGAAUCAUUCAGAAGCCUCCAGAUGCUGAUGGUCUUGGAAGCGCUGGUUCCCUGUUACUUGCAGAAACUGAAGCACCAGACGUCUCAAGUGGAGACUGCAACAGCAGCUCGUGAGGAGAUCGCUGCCAUGGCUGCCCUUGCCACCUCCUUGCAGGCCCUCUUGUACAGCGUCGAAGUUCUCACCAGGCCUAUGACAGCCCCACAGAUGAGUCGAUGUGACCAAGGCCAUAAAGGGACCACAACAGCAAACCACACCAUGUCAGCAGGUGUGAACACCAGGUACCCAGAACAGGGAGCCAAACUACACUUUAUCAGGGAGAACCUUCACUUACUGGAGGAGGGCCAGGGUCUUCCCCGAGAGGAGCUGGAUGAGCGCAUUGCUAGAGAGGAGUUUAGGAGACCGCGGGAGUCCUUGCUGAAUAUCUGUACAGAGUUUUACAAGCAUUGUGGUCCGAGGCUGAAGAUUUUGCAGAAUCUGGCUGGCGAGCCCCGAGUGACUUCUCUGGAGCUACUGGAUGUGAAGUCUCACAUGAGAUUGGCAGAAAUCGCACAUUCCCUGCUGAAACUCGCACCUUAUGACACGCAGACGAUGGAAAGCCGAGGUCUCCGGCGCUACAUCAUGGAGAUGCUGCCCAUCACUGACUGGACAGCUGAGGCGGUGAGACCUGCCCUUAUCCUCAUCUUAAAGAGAUUGGAUCGUAUGUUCAAUAAAAUUCACAAGAUGCCUACUUUGAGGCGCCAGGUUGAGUGGGAGCCUGCCAGCAAUUUGAUUGAAGGGGUUUGUUUGACGCUUCAGAAGCAGCCUAUCAUAUCCUUCCUGCCUCACCUUAGGUCUCUGAUCAAUGUGUGUGUCAAUCUGGUGAUGGGAGUGGUAGGACCCUCCAGUGUGGCUGACGGAUUACCCCUUCUUCAUCUCAGCCCUUAUCUCUCGCCACCUCUGCCCUUCAGCACAGCUGUUGUCCGGCUUGUAGCAUUGCAGAUACAGGCUUUGAAAGAAGAUUUCCCCCUAAGCCAAGUCGUCUCCCCAUUCACCAAUCAGGAAAGAAGGGAAGGAAUGCUUUUAAACCUACUGAUUCCAUUUGUGCUCACAGUAGGAUCUGGAAGCAAAGACAGCCCCUGGCUGGAGCAGCCUGAGGUCCUGCUGCUGCUCCAGACUGUUAUCAAUAUCCUCCUGCCACCUCGCAUCAUCAGCACUUCCCGCAGCAAGAAUUUUAUGCUGGAGAGCUCCCCUGCCCAUUGUUCCACUCCAGGGGACGCGGGGAAGGACCUGCGACGGGAAGGGCUCGCGGAGUCCACCAGCCAGGCUGCCUACCUGGCCCUGAAGGUGAUCCUUGUUUGCUUUGAACGCCAACUGGACAGCCAGUGGUACUGGCUGAGCCUGCAAGUCAAAGAGAUGGCGCUGCGGAAGGUGGGAGGGCUGGCCCUGUGGGAUUUCCUCGACUUUAUCGUACGAACACGGAUCCCUAUCUUUGUGCUCCUUCGUCCCUUCAUCCAGUGCAAGCUGCUGGCCCAGCCGGCUGAGAACCAUGAGGAGCUGACUGCCCGACAGCACAUCGCCGACCAGCUGGAGCGACGGUUCAUACCACGCCCACUCUGCAAGAGCUCCCUCAUCGCCGAAUUCAAUAACGAGCUGAAGAUCCUGAAGGAGGCAGUGCACAGCGGGUCUGCUUACCAAGGGAAGACAUCUGUCAGCACCGUGGGCACCUCCACCUCCGCAUACCGCCUGAGCCUGGCCACCAUGUCCCGCUCCAACACUGGCACGGGCACGGUCUGGGAGCAGGACAGCGAGCCCUCCCAGCAGGCCUCGCAGGACACGCUGAGCCGCACGGAUGAGGAGGACGAAGAAAAUGACUCCUUGAGCAUGCCCAGUGUGGUAAGUGAACAAGAAGCAUACCUUAUGGGUGCCAUUGGGAGGAGGCGGUUCUCCAGCCAUCUCUCCAGCGUGUCUGCACCUCAGGCAGAGGUGGGCAUGUUACCCAGCCAAAGUGAACCUAAUGUCCUCGAUGACUCCCCGAGCCUGGCCACUGAGGGCAGCCUCUCUAG